AUGUUCAAAAUUGGCUCUUCUCCAAAAGUAUUUGCCGACCCCUGGGUUAGGAUAAUCAGACUACUACUUGCGAACACAAGACUAUCUGUGAGGACAGAAGGAGCAACUUCCCGCAGUUUCAAAACAACGACUGGGACACCCCAGGGUGACUCCCUCUCCCCCCUACUAUUCACCAUCUACCUUGAAUCUGCACUCCGCGACCUCCGUAAAUGCUAUACGGGAGACAUAGAAGAGGCAUCCUAUGCCGAUGAUGUGGAUUUCGUAUCACGGGACGUGACCGCACUCCAACACCUACUAGAAAAUGCACCUAUGGAGCUUGGGAAAUGGGUCCUCAGCGUAAAUGUGAACAAAACUGAGAUUACGGAAAUCAAAAGAGAAGAUGAUACUACCCAUGAAAGAUGGAGACACACUAAUAAGCUUGGAUCCCUACUGGGAGACGCUGAAGAUGUACUAAGGAGGAAAACACUGGCGAAUUCGGCAAUGGCGAAACUGAAGAAAGGAUGGCUAAGAGCCAAAGGACUUGGAGUUGGCAUCAGAUGCAAGCUCUACAACGCGUUUGUGAAACCGAUCCUGCUGUACAACGCUGGGACAUUGGAUGUUCCUUCAACGAUCUACUGA